UCAACGCAAGAGGUGCUGAGCCAUGGCUGAGGGGCGGCUGAGCUGCCAGCGGGCAGGAGAGACCAGAAGGCCGGCGGCUCGCAUGGGGCACUCGGGCCACCGGGUAGACAGUGUGACCAGCCUCAUGUGGCUGCGGGACUUCUCCCUCAAGGACAUCGGCAUAACCGGUCCCAUCGACGGUCCCAGCAUCCCCAGCUUUGCCGCCCCAUGCUCGCCCCUGGCCGCUGAGCCGCUGUGCCUGCCCACGUCCCAGGCUCUCUGCAAGCCCAUCUCCUCCUCCACCCCAAGGGCAGCACAACACGCCAUGGCCACGCACCCCCAGCUCACGGAUGACGUGGACUACAAGACCAACCCGCACGUCAAGCCCCCCUACUCCUACGCCACCCUCAUCUGCAUGGCGAUGGAAGCCAGCGCCAAGCCCAUCACCCUCUCCGACAUCUACCAGUGGAUUAGCAACAACUUCUGCUAUUUCCGACACGCCGAUCCCACCUGGCAGAAUUCCAUCCGGCGCAACCUGUCCCUGCAGAAGCGCUUCAUCAGGGUGCCUCGGGAGAAGGGCGAUCCGGGGAAAGGUGGCUUUUGGAAGCUGGACCCCCAGUACUCCGACCAGCUUAAGAACGGCGGCUCCAGAAAGCGGCGAAUGACCCCCGUGCAGCUCCAGCCGGCCUCCACCGAAAGAGCCCAUGCAGAAGCUCAGUGUGUCGCCAGCCCAGCUGCUCCAGCUCCUGCCUCGGCUAAGGUGCCUCGGCUUUCCAACUCUUCCUUGCCGAGCCAGGGGGAGCAGCCUGAGCUGGGAUGGCUGGAAGAGGACUUGGGCUUGGAAGCCAUCUUUGACACCAGCCUGACUGGGGAAUUGUCCCUUUUUGAAGAUCUGGAGCUCACGCCUCCAAACAAGGCCACAAGAGUCAACCUGGACUCAACAGCAGACGGGCAGCACGGGGACCGUGCCCAGGGCCAGGAGCAGGUCCUCACUGAAUCCAGUGAGAACGACCUGGACUUUGGUGAAACCUGGCUGACCACUUCCCUCCUGCAUCAUCCCUGGUCUGAAGAGACAGAGGAUGACCUCUACAACUGCGUUAACAUCGAGCAGUUGUUUGAGCCCCACGAUGCCUCUUUGCCAGCAGAUGGGAGUGACUGGAGCAGUCUGGCAUCUCCCAUCUAA